AUGGCUUUUGCAUCCAAUACAAUGGUCCCUGGUUUUUGUGUAUGCUUGGAUGUUGUCUCCAACAACACUGAAAUACCUACCAGAACCAUGGGCCUUAUAUACCAUGUCAUAGACCACGGAGUUCCUCAAUUGGCUGUCCACUUAAAAGCGUGA